UUUACCUGCCUAGACUAGACUUGGGUCAAUCUUUUUGGUUCCAGUCUCUUCUCUACUGCCCUCUACAAUGGGAAACUUGUAUAGAGGCGGGAAACUCAGCAUAAACGCUUGUCAGGCUGAGCCGCAUCUUCCAUGGAUUCCGACUCAGAUGGAUCAUAUGUAUCCGACACACCGCCGUCAUCUCCAAAGCAGAAGUCGCCUCCGCCGGUCCCGGCACCGGCGCCACCACAUAUUCUAUUGCCAUCCGUCAAGUUUAGAACUAAACUCAAACUUACUGCCAACGCUUCCCGCCCAAUUCUAAGACCUAAAUCAUCCGGCAAGCCAAACCAUCCUCCCGCUGAUUCUUCAAUUCCGGGAACACUACCCCCAGAUUCGCCGCCUCCGGCCCAGAUUCGCCCUCCGGACAUCUCUAAUCUGCCCUUCCAAAUGCGCUGCUCAGCUCAUUCGAACCAGACAUUUUUUAAUAGAACUGGUGGUUCCAUCGGGACUGUUAUUCCACGCUUUUCCAAAAUCCAGAAGAAAGAUCUCAAAUUGGAGGCAGCUGAGCUUGAUGGUUCUGGCGCCUCAUCAUCACCCGCCUCUCCAUUGGAAGUAGAUGCUUGCGAGACAAAAAAGGCUUCUCGAAAUUUUGAAAUAAAAGUUGCUGCAUCUGGAAAUUCGGCAAAAAGUGUAAAGAGACAUCCUAAUCUGAUUGGGCCUGGUGAUGGUUCAGCUUCACUGUCAGUGAAGAAGCCGAAAUGCGUAAACGAGGGCAAUUUUGUCAAACUGAAUAUCAAUGGCUCCGGGCGGAAGUAUGCAUUCAAGGGGAAAAGAUAUAAGUAUGGUUCCUCGAGUAGUGGGAGAAAGUUUUACAGAAGUAGGGGGAAGUUUAAAGGUAAGGGUCAAGGAAAAGGGGAGGAGGAUGGCGGGGUGUGUGAUGAAGAGGGAUUGGUUGUGGAUUUUAAACAAAGAAAUGGAAGUUUAAAUGUACAGGAAGGGUUGGUUCAGGAGGCUGUGAUGAGUGCUAGGGGUGAAGCGUCUGAUGAGAAUUUGCUGAGGUUGUUGAAGUUGGCUUUUGGUUACGAUUCGUUUAGGAUUGGACAAUUGGAUGCAAUCAAGCUGGUGCUUUCUGGGAAAUCAACAAUGCUGCUUUUACCAACAGGUGCUGGGAAGUCGCUCUGUUAUCAGUUGCCUUCCAUGGUUCUCGAGGGGAUUACUUUGGUCAUUAGUCCAUUAGUUGCUUUGAUGGUUGAUCAAUUGAAACAGCUUCCUCCUGCACUACCUGGUGGUCUUCUGUGUAGUAGUCAGACACCAGAAGAGACAUCAGAAACUCUCCAAUCUCUGCAAGAGGGAUCAAUAAAGGUUCUUUUCAUUUCACCAGAGAGGCUUCUAAGUUCGGACUUCACAUCUAUAUUCUCUAGUGGUCCCCUUAUAUCUCUUGUGGUGGUUGAUGAAGCUCACUGUGUAUCUGAAUGGUCACACAAUUUUCGCCCCUCAUAUAUGAGACUCAGGGCUUCAUUGCUGCGUGAAAAGCUCAAGGCUGAAUGCAUUCUUGCAAUGACUGCAACUGGAACAGCCAAAACAUUGCACAAUGUGAUGCAUUCUCUCAACAUCCCUUCCACUAAUCUCAUCCAAACAACAAAAUUGAGGGACAAUUUGCAGAUGUCAGUAUCAAUAAGUAGCAAUAGGCUGAAAGAUGUUAUAGGAUUGCUAAAGUCUUCUCCUUUCUCUGAUGUUAAAAGCAUCAUCAUUUAUUGCAAAUUUCAGUCUGAAACAGAUAUCGUGUGCAAAUAUCUUUGUGAUAACAAUAUUUCAGCUAAGAGUUAUCACAGCUCCAUUCCCGCAAAAGAUAGAUACAGGACACAAGAGCUCUUUUGUGCUAACAAAAUUAGAGUGGUUGUUGCAACUGUUGCAUUCGGAAUGGGACUUGAUAAGCAGGACGUUGGAGCUGUCAUUCAUUACAGUUUGCCAGAAAGCUUGGAAGAGUAUGUCCAGGAGAUAGGUCGUGCUGGGCGUGAUGGUAGAUUGUCUCAUUGCCACCUCCUUUUUGAUGAAAUCUCUUAUUAUAAGCUCCGUAGUCUUAUUCACAGUGAUGGUGUUGAUGAGUAUGCUGUAAACAAAUUUCUCUGCCAAGUUUUUAGCAACAGCACAUGUUUAGCUGGGAAAAUAUCAUCAAUAGUUAAAGAAACUGCAUCCCGAAAAUUUGAUAUGAAAGAAGAGGUAAUGCUGACAAUUUUGACUCAACUGGAAUUGGGCAAUAUAAAGUAUUUGCACUUGCUUCCUGAAAUGAAAGUAACUUGCACCUUGAAUUUUCACCUGACUUCCCCGGCACUGCUAGCUGCUAAAGAUCUAGUGGUUGCAGCAGUCAUUAAGAAAUCUGAAGUUAAAGAUGGCCAAUAUGUGUUUGACAUACCAAGCUUAGCAAAUAGUAUUGGAUUGCAAGCCGCUGACUUGUCAAACCACUUGCAGACAUUAAAGUUUAAGGGGGAAAUUGCAUAUGAGCUGAAAGAUCAAGCUUACUGUUACACAAUCAUCGAUUCCCCCAAGGAUAUUUGUUCUUUAGCAGCACAGCUUACAGACUGGCUUUCAGAGGUUGAGAGGUGCAAGGUGAGGAAGAUGGAUAUGAUGUUCAAUGCUGCUGUAUCUGCGGUAAAAGGGUGUGACAAGGUGUAUGGUUGUGAUGGCUAUGAUCAUACUCCUUGCUUGCAAAGAAAGAUUUUGGAGUAUUUCAAAAGCAAUGAUGAUAUUGAUGUCCCCAACAAGAUGGCUCAAAGCAGCCCAUUUUUGAGAGCAGACAUAAAGGUCUUUUUACAGAGCAAUUCACAUGCCAAAUUUACUCCUAGAGCUGUUGCACGGAUACUGCAUGGCCUUUCUAGUCCAGCCUUUCCUUCCACUUUUUGGUCAAAAUGUCACUUCUGGGGAAGGUAUAUGCAGACAGAAUUCAAAGUUGUGAUGGAAGCAGCAAAAGCAGAACUCAUGAGUUUUGUCGGGAAGGAUUUAUUAUGAUUGAUGCCAAUGUGAGAAAAUGACAAAUCAUUUACAACCUGCAAACUGUCCUUAAUCUUCAGGUUCAACCAAGCAGUUGCAAUGAGCAAACUUCACUUUACUGUGAUGAAUGGCAUCAUAUUCUCUGGGAUAUCAAAAGCUGUUGGGUGUCCAAAAGGAUUAGAUUGAUUUUAUCUUUGAGCACUCUGUGGGAAGCCAUUGACAGAUCUUUAAGCACUGGGGUUUAGCAGAUGAGAGGCUUCUUCUGCAGAUGAUGACAAUAGUGGACACCAAAUGGAAGGCUUUGGACAGGUUCUUAAUUCUUGAAAUGAAAUUAAAAAAACACAUUAUAAAAUGAUUGAAUCCUCUGUCUCUAAAAGAUUACCACAGUUUAACUUUUUUGGUCAAACUGUGGCACCCUUUGACCACAAAUUAAAUAUAGUUUAAAGUAAUUAAAUAUUAUAAAAAUUUGAUAUUUCAAAACUAUAUUUUAAAAUAAACUCAAUUUUAUUAAAUUUACAUUAUAACUAAAUAUAAUUUUUUUAUAAUU